GUGGCCUAGAGGUCUUCGACAUAUAUUUAUAUUGAGAUAUGAAUAAAUUAAUAAUUCUGUUUGCAAACCCAGACACGCACAUUCAGAAUUUUGGACGGAUGAUUGACGCUUUUAAGCCUUAAAGUCUGAACAAUAGGCGUCGGUUUUUAGGGAAAUGUAAAAGAAACGAACAGAAUCCGCGUUAGAUCGUGAUAUGGAUGGACUUUGAUGGCUUUAGCAUUAGCCUGCUAGCCACAUUAUAUCAACAUUACAGCAACAACAUUGUGUAUUUUCAUUCAGAUUAGCAUGAAUUAGAAGAUAAUGACGACUGAUGGUGUGUUGGCGAUGAUGUAGUGUUUGUUCAGGCAAGAAAAGGGGAGCAUUUCCUGAACCCGAAUACUGGACUGGAGAGUUGGUUAAUUUCAGGGAUCUGAGAUGGAGAAGACAGAGAAGAGGCCUGGAUACUUUGCCAGGCUCAAGAAGAGACGGCAGCUGAAACAGAGCCAAAUGGAGAAAGCUGCGGCUGAGCGGAACCAAUCAGAUCCAGAGACCAAAACGGCAGUCAUCUGCGAGCCCGCUACUAUUGGACAAUUUCAGGAGAAGAAUCCAAAAGGGGAGGAGCCUGGAAAAACCAAGAGAGGCCAAAAUGGGCGAUCAGAUGACCACAGUAAGACACACAGUUGGACCAAGAAAGAGAGAUGUAAACCUCCAGCAACCGUGGAGUAUACUGUUGGACCAAAAGACACUUUGAACAGUAUUGCUCUGAAAUUCAACAUUACUCCAAAUAAACUAGUGCAUCUGAAUCGUCUCUUCUCACACAGUGUUGUACCUGGACAGAAACUGUUUGUCCCUGAUGUGGACCAAUCAGAAUGCAGUUCUCGGGUCAAUGGCUCUUCUGAACGGAUCACAACAGAGUCACCAGAGAAAGAGUUGAAGGAUGGUGAAUUGAGCUGCAGAUCUGGACGUCCCUUACGAAGGGAACUGUCCCCGCUGUCUGAAGACGAGAGUCCAGCAACUGUUAAAUUCAUCAAGAUGAGCUGCAAAUACUUCACUGACGGCAUGGGCGUUGUGGGAGGGGUGAUGAUUAUAACGCCCAAUAACAUCAUGUUUGACCCACACAAGUCUGAUCCUCUGGUGAUUGAGAACGGUUGUGAGGAGUACGGACUCAUCUGUCCGAUGGAGGAGGUCCUGUCUCUGGCGCUGUAUGACGACGUGUCCCGUAUGAAGCUUAAAGACGCGCUGCCAUCUGAUGAACCCCGGGAUCUUUGUCCGUUAUACAGGCCGGGCGAGUGGGAGGAGCUUCCCUCCGAACACGAUCUGAACCCUUUUAGCCGUUAUGAGGCGCGCGGACAACCGAACCGACCGAUCAUAUUAGACGAUAUCAAAGCAGCUGUCUCCGAGAUGUCGGAGUGUCACAUUGCAGAAAAAUCGCCAUCAGAUGAAGGUUUUACCGAACUGGAACUGCUACAGAGUGACUCGAACGCUACGAUGCACAGCCUGGAGGGGGCGUCACUGUACGAUGACUCCGAACCAAGUAAAACACUUAGUCAGCCGACAACGGAACAAAACGAUGAAACUGUGACGUCUUCUAACACUGAGAGAGGGGGGGAAGAGGAAGAUGAAGGACUUCAUAACUGUUCCGCGGAAGAUAACGUGGAGCUGCUGCCGUCCGUUCCAGACAAGUUAGUUGACGCGACCAAAACAAGAGCUGAAACGAUAGGUAAAGGUGCAAUGGACCAAAAAAGGAAGUUGAGCUGCAGCGAAGUCACAAAGGACUCUGGGAAAUGUAGUUCACCUGAACCAAAUGUUGACAUAGAGGGACGAAAGGAAAGUAAGAGAUCAAAUUCAGCUGUCGAACUUUCUGAAGUGGAGAAAUGCAAACGGGCCAGUGAAGCUGAGAUGAAGUCAUGGCUGCUGAAACGGAUGCAGGUGCCAGUCGAAGACAUGCUGCUGUCCUCUGAAGAGAAGAGUAAAUCUCCGCCCAUGUUCCUCUGCUUCAAAGUGGGAAAGCCAAUGAGGAAGUCCUUCGCCAUUGGUCAGACUUCUAGCCCCACCCGCUCACAUGCUGGAAGGGGGCGGCAGCCAGAGUACUGGUUUGCUGUGCAACAAGAAAGGGUGGAUCACCUGUACUCGUUCUUCAUCCAGUGGUCUCCAGAUGCGUACGGUAAAGACGCUCAUGAUCAGGGCUUCGUGGUGGUGGAGAAAGAUGAGCUCACCAUGAUUGAUAACUUCUUUAGUGAUCCGGUUCCUCGCAGUUGGGAGAUCAUCACGAUUAAUGAAGCAAAGAGACGUCAGAGCUUCAGCUUUGAGGAUGAUGAACUUCUAGAUCUUCUGCCUGUGUUGAUGGACUCCAGCACACUCCUGGACGACAUGCAUGUUGAGAAGUUGGCGACUCGUUUGCCAGCGCGUGUUCAGGGGUAUCCAUGGCAACUGGUGUACAGUACGGUGGUACAUGGAACCAGUUUGAAAACCCUGUACAGAAACCUGAUGGAGCUGGACUGCCCCGUGCUGCUGGUCAUUAAAGACAUGGACAACCAGGUUUUUGGAGCGUUUUCCACUCAUCCGUUUAGAGUCAGUGAACACUGUUACGGGACAGGAGAGACCUUCCUCUACACGUUUUGUCCUGAGAUCAAGGUGUACCGCUGGACUGGAGAGAACUCUUACUUUGUGAAAGGAAACACAGACUCUCUUCAGAUUGGAGGAGGCAGGGGUCAUCUAGGUCUGUGGCUGGACGCUGACCUUUACCACGGUACCACAUCCAAAUGCUCCACCUUCAAUAACCUGCCGCUGUCCUCCAAACAAGACUUCAUCGUCCAGAAUCUGGAGGUGUGGGCGUUUCAAUGAGCGCAUGCAUAGACACGCCUAUAUACCCAUAUGCACUGUGAAACUUGCGACACCCAGCACGGCAUGACAAACCGUUCGCUCUACCUGACACCCGAAUGAGGGUGUAGCUUUAUCCUGUACUGUACGAAGGUAUUUAGAUGGAUUAAUCCGUGUCCAACCCAAUGUGGUUUUCGAUGUGCCCUAAAAUGGGGUCAUAAAUGGGGUGGUUUUACUCCUGUAAAGCCUGACGAGAGUUGCCUAGGUUUACUGGUCUGAGAUCGUUUAGACUUUAAGAAUAUCAAGAGGGAAGUUUGUGGCUGCCUUAACCUUCAAUUGAAACGCUAUCCCAGCAUGCAAUAUUCUCUACAGAUGUUCUCCUGCUGAAAUAUAAUCAAUAUAUUAACGCAUAUGUGAAUAAAAAAAAAAAUAAUAGACUGUGUAUGUGUUCAGGGCUGAAGAACUUGUGGCUUUUUAUCUUAUAACACAACAAAAACUGAAUUUACGCCAUUUGGUCCCAUCAAUGGAAAUAAUUUUUUUAAUUGACAACAUGGAGAUUUGACGUAUUUAGUUGGCAUAUUUUCAUUGCGUUUUAAGAGAGCUCAUGGAACGAAAUGUUCAUAGCUGGGGAACCCAUUAUUUGCUUCGUCUAUGAUGACAAAAUGACAAUGUUUGCCAUUUGGUAUUACGUCAGGGCCAGUCGCUCAGAAGUAUUUUUUAGUUUACAGCAAAGUGCUGCCGUAUUUUCAUAUUUGUUUGAAAAAAGCGCAAGGGAUCAUGUUAAUGACACCAACAAAAUGUUUAAAGAAGAUACAAGCCCUGAGUUGUCCAGCUAAAACAACUAUUUUUCACCAUUUGGCAAAUUGAUUGCGUCAGGGCCAAUCGCUUGAAUAGAAGAGACUUCAUCUUCUAAGAUAACAAAGCAAUAAUUUAUUGCAACAGUUUUUCAGCAUUUGGUGGACAAAUGUUGCGUCAGAACUAUUUGUUCGAACAAAGUAUUUUUUCGUUUACAACAUGGACGUUUGACGUGUUUAGUUGCCGUAUGUUAAUUUUGUUUGAAGAGAGUACAAGGAAUGACACUCACGAUAUUAAAAUGUUCCGAAAUGUUCAUAGAAAGUACAAGCCACGAGCUGUCCAGCUAAGAAGACAAAAUGCCAAUUUCCACCAUUCUGUGACCAAAUCUGUUGUGUCACGGCCAGUCGCUACAAAAUAAAGUCUUUUUUUAUUUAUUUACAACAUGGAGAUUUGAUUUGUUUAAUUGGCAUAUUUUCAUUUUGUUUUAACAGUUUUAUCGAAAUGUUUAUAGAAGAUACAAGCCCUGAGUUGUCAACUAAUCUUAAAUUUCUCGCCAUUCGUAGGCCAAAUUCAUUGCGUAAUGACCAGUCGCUUGAAUAUAUGGAGACCUGAGAUUACAAUCGAACAUUUUUUGGUUAUUUGGUGUCCGUUGCGUCAGGUCCAUUUGCUCGAAUAGAAAGUAUUUUUCCAUUUACAACAUGGAAAUUUUAUUUGUUUAGUUGACGUUUAUUUUAUUUCGUUUUGAAGAGAGCACAACUACUCGUGGCUUGUAUCUUCUAAGAUAACAAAAUGCCAAUUUCGCCAUUUUGGUGACCAAAUCUAUUGCGUCACGGCUAGUCGCUUCAAUAGAAAGUGUUUUUCCAUUUACAACAUGGAAGUUUGACGUGUUUAGUUGUAGUAUGUUCAUUUUGUUUGAAGAGAGCUCAAGGAAUGACACAAUUAUAUCUUAAUUGUUCAUAGAAAGUACAAGCCACGAGUUGACCAGCUAAGAAGACAAAAUGCCAAUUUCCGCCAUUCGGUGACCAAUCUAUUGUCACGGCCAGUCGCUUCAAUAGAAAGUGUUUUUUUUAAUUUAAAACAUGGAGAUUUGAUUUGUUAAGUUGGCAUAUUUUCAUGUUUGUUUGAAAAGAGCAGAAGGAAUGAUGUAAAUGACACUGACAAAAUGUUACAAAAUGUUUGUAGAAGAUACAAGACCGAGUUGCCAGCAAAGCGGCAAUUUUUCGCCGUUCUGUGUCCAUAAUUCAUUGCGUCAGGGCCAGUCACUUGAAUCGAAAGAAAAUCUGGAAAAACUUGAUCUAAGAUACCAAAGCAACAAUUUUUUUCAGACACUUUUUCAGCAUUUGCUGGCCAAAUCAGUUGCAUCGGAUCCAUUCGCUCGAAUAGAAAGUAUUUUUUAGAUUACAACAUGAAAAUUUGACGUGUUUUGUUGGCGUUUUUUCACUUCAUUUGAAGACCAUGCAAGGAAUGACGCAAAUUAUAUCGAAAUGUUCAUAGCUGAAGAACUUGUGGCUUGUAUUUUCUAAGGCAACAAAACGACAAUUUCCACAUUUCAAUUACCAAAUCUAUUGCGUCACGGCCAGUCGCUUCAAUAGAAAGUGUUUAAUUUACAACAUGGAGAUUUGGUUUAUUUAGUUGGCAUAUUUUCAUUUCGUUUUUUUUUUCAGAUAAAAGCCCUGUGAGGACAACUAAGUGACAGUUUCUCACCAUUCGUUGGCGAAAUUCAUUGUGUCAUGUCCAGUCGAUUGAAUAGAAAGGAGAUCUGGAGGACUUGAUCUUCUAAGAUUACGAUCAACAGUUUUUUCCGAAAAUUCGAAGCAUUUGGUGGCCAUUGCGUCAGGAUAGAAUAGAAAGUAUUUUUCCAUUUACAGCAUGGAAAUUGUAUGUGUUUAGUUGACGUUUUGUUUAUUUCGUCUGAAGAGAGCACAACAAACUUGUGGCUUGUAUAUUCCAAGACAACAAAAUGCCAAUUUCUGCCAUUCGGUGACCAAAUCUAUUGCGUCACGACCAGUCGCUUCAAUAGAAAUAGUUGGCAUAUUAAGGCAUAUAAGGAAUGACGUAAAUAAUAUUGAAAUGUUACAAAAUGUUCUAGCUGGAGAACUUGUGGCUUGUAUGUUCUAAGACACACACAAAAUAAAUCUGCCAUUCGGUGGCCAAAUCCAUUGCAUCAGGACCAGUCGCUCGAAUAGGAAAUAUAUUUAGUUUACAGCGUGGAGAUUUGAUGUGUUUAUUUAUGUGUUCAUGUUCGUUUAAAAGUGAGCACAUGUAAACUGUACUUGUGUAAUACAAAGGGAAACCGCAUAUCCAAUUUGUGGACCAAAGCAAUUUAUUUGCAUUGUUUUCAAGUAGAGGUUUUAUGUUUUGUUUAUUUUUAUUUUGCUUUUUGAAAUACUUAUUUUAUAUAUUGAAUGUGAAAUGUAUCAUAUUCCUACAUGAUGAUUGUUUUACUGUUUUGUGAUAUUUUAGGGACCUUGUCUAGUGUAAAGUUAUUCUAAAGGGAUGAUGAGCACUUGAAAUGAUGCCAGUAUUACUUGUGAACACUAUGUUAAAUGCACGGCUGAAAUCACUAUCAUGUCACACUUGCAGUCGCGGUUUGUUUCAUGAACUGUCACUGUUUUUGUGUAAAAUCGAGCGCCUUAAAAAUUGGUGUGCAAUUACUUUUGACCAAUGUUUAUUGUUCGUGGUCUGUUUUAUCACUACAGUUAGUGUGUAGAUCUUUGGAAGUGUCCACUAGUUUCACUACAUCACCGCAGCUGUGGGCACUAACUAGCUGCUGACUCCAUUCCAAAACCGUAUAUUUGGUCCAUGUUGUAGAACGUGCCAAAAAGAGCUACGUCUACAAAUAUUUCACUCUAAAUGUUUCAAAAAUUCAAGUCUGUGAUUUCAAACCCGUCACGCUGUUUAUUUAUGUGUGUUAACCAAUUAUUGUGUAUUUAUUGUGCAUUUUCUGUGUUUUAAAGUGAACCAAAUAAAUGCAAUAAACGAAGACUCAAGUUUCAUCAAUAGUUAUUUAGAAGGGGGUGGAGUUACACCAGACUGCUAUUAAAUAACUUUAUUUGUUUCAAAUCAAACAUUCACAAUAAACAAAACAAACGUUAUCCCUGAGAUGCCCUUGAGUUGCAAUUUACAACAAAGAACAGUGCAAGCUUACAAAGAAAAAUACAAAGCAUAAACAUAUUAGACUGCCAUGAAAGAUUUAAUAAUUAGGGUUGAGAACCGGAAUACCGGAAUCGGAUUAUUUUUGUGACUUUUGGUUCCGUUAACGGUUCCCCUGCGUGUGUUUUCCGCCGAUGCGGCUGGAACACUGUACUGAAAUACUCUGACAGUGUUUCCAGCAGUGCAUUUCUGCAGCAGCGCUGCCCUCUACUG